UCUCCUCCAUGUGCUUUUUAACGGCUUGUCCAUUAAACAAGAAGCGGCAAGGUGAAGUAAAAUUGAAUGGGACAUCGAAUCAGCAGAUUGGAGGCUGUUUUUGUUGAAGUUUCUUUCUUAUUUGUCCCGGUAUUUCCAGUAAACCAGGAAAAUUGCUUGGUGUAGCUGUAUCGGUGAGAAGGCUCGGGAGGAGGUGAAACUGCGGGAUAUGAUGACUGAAAAAGAAACUGCGACAGAGAAGAUAAUAACAGAUUCAAUGGCUAAUCCGUCUCCAGCUAAGAGCAUGGGGGAGCCUGGAAUCACCCCACUGUCUCCUUCACAUACUCAGAACGACACAGACCAGGUACCGUCAGGGCCGUCCUUUGUGGUGGUGGUUGCCAUUGACUUUGGCACCACGUCCAGUGGUUAUGCUUACGCCUUCACUAAGGAGCCAGAGUGCAUUCACACUAUGAGGCGUUGGGAAGGCGGGGACCCGGGUGUGUCCAAUCAGAAGACGCCAACCACGAUCCUGCUGACUCCAGACAGGAAGUUCCACAGUUUUGGCUAUGCGGCACGUGACUUCUACCAUGACCUGGACCCCAGUGAGUCCAAACAAUGGCUCUAUCUGGAAAAAUUCAAAAUGAAGCUCCACACCACUGCAAAUCUGUCCAUAGACACAGACCUCCACGCAGCCAAUGGGAAGCGAGUGAAAGCUCUGGAUAUCUUUGCAUAUGCAUUGGCCUUCUUUAAGGAGCAAGCACUAAAGGAGCUGAGUGAUCAGACAGGCGGUGAUUUUGACAACAAUGAUGUGAGAUGGGUGAUCACUGUUCCUGCCAUCUGGAAAAUGCCUGCAAAGCAGUUCAUGAGGGAAGCUGCUUAUAAGUCUGGUCUGGUGUCCCGUGAAAACCCGGAGCAGCUGAUCAUUGCUUUAGAACCUGAGGCAGCAUCCAUCUAUUGCCGCAAGCUCCGCCUCCACCAGAUGGUUGACCUGGGCACCCAUACCACCCAGAACGGCUGCAGCCCCACUGAAAACGUGGGGAGCGGAAUGACCCAAGUUUCUCCAGGUCAUGCAAAGGAGAAUGUCCGGCGCAACCGGCAGAGCCGCACCUUUUUGGUGGAAAAUGUCAUAGGGGAGCUUUGGGCGGAGCUGGAAGAAGGUGACCGUUAUGUGGUGGUGGACUGUGGCGGAGGAACCGUGGACCUUACUGUUCAUCAGAUCCGUCUUCCAGAGGGACAUCUAAAGGAGCUCUACAAGGCCUCAGGUGGUCCCUAUGGCUCUAUUGGGAUUGACUAUGAAUUUGAGAAGCUGCUGUGUAAGAUCUUUGGCCAGGAUUUCAUCGACCAAUUUAAGAUCAAAAGGCCGGCAGCCUGGGUGGACCUGAUGAUUGCGUUUGAGUCUCGGAAGAGGGCAGCAGCCCCUGAAAGAACCAACCCCCUCAAUAUUAACCUGCCCUUCUCCUUCAUUGACUACUACAAGAAGUUUAGGGGCCAUAGCGUGGAACAUGCCCUGCGCAAAAGCAAUGUGGAUUUUGUAAAAUGGUCGUCUCAGGGGAUGCUGAGGAUGAGUCCAGAUGCCAUGAAUUCCCUCUUCAAGCCCACCAUAGACCACAUCAUCCAACAUCUCACUGAGCUGUUUGAGAAGCCAGAGGUGAGCGACAUUAAGUUCCUGUUCUUAGUGGGAGGUUUUGCUGAGUCUCUCCUGCUGCAACAAGCUGUCCAGGACAUGCUCCAGGGCCGCAGCCGCAUCAUCAUACCCCAUGACGUUGGCCUCACCAUUCUGAAAGGUGCUGUACUGUUCGGCCUGGACCCCAGCAUCAUUAAAGUGCGCCGCUCGCCCCUCACAUACGGGGUGGGUGUCCUCAAUCGCUUCGUGGAGGGCAAACACCCGCCGGAGAAGCUGCUGGUGAAGGACGGCACUCGCUGGUGCACCGAUGUUCUUGACAUCUUCAUCGCCGCCGACCAGUCUGUGGCGCUGGGUGAGAUGGUGAAGCGGAGCUACACACCAGCCAAGCCCUCUCAGCAGGUUAUCGUCAUCCACGUCUACUGCUCUGAGAAGGAGAAAGCGGGGUUCAUUAGCGAGCCCGGCGUCAGGAAGUGUGGGACACUUCGCUUGGAUGUGAGCGGAACAGAAAGCACGGCACCGCGGCGUGAGAUCCAGACGCACAUGCAGUUUGGUGACACAGAGAUUCGGGCCAUGGCAGUUGAUGUGUCCACUGGACGCACUGUUAAAGCUAGCAUUGACUUCCUAAGCCAUUAAGAAGGGAACGAGAGCUCAUGUUCCAAAAUUGUUAGGAAAUGGAAACAUAAACCAUACACACACAGACACACACAACUGAGGAUACUUACUGGUGGUCAAUAAUAAUGAAUCUCAAGGCUCAGUCACUCUCAGUUUAAGUGUGGGUGACGCUUUGAAUGAAAGGGUUGAAAUCACCUUGAUGAUAUAACGAGGAAAAGAAAAGGACAGUGUGGAUGAGUUCAGUGGGCUUUAGGUCUGUCACCUCACUCCAAUCCUGUACUCUGUGUGCUGAGCAGCUUAUAUACCCCAUAUACCCCAUAUACCCCCGUGCUGAGGCGACAGCGUUGUUGAGUCAGUAUGAAAGGGAAAGAUAAAGGCUUAUUCACUUCUCCGCCAUGAUGUAUUACAGGGCAGCUUUUCAAAUCUUCUCUCUGUACAUUCUGGAGGAAAGGCUCUCAAAGCCAGACAGACACGACAUACAUAUGAUAUUCCAACACUAACAUGGUGGAGACACAUUCAGAAUGCCUCUUUACAUGCUUCAGAUUACAGCAGAUCAUUGUAUACUACAAAACAUUUUGUGUAUAAAAAGGACAUAAUAACAUGUAACAUGUAACUUGGAUGGAAGGUCUUAAUACUCAUCCUGUGCUCCAGAAAUGGCUAUGAUCUGAAGGCAAUGCCAGUGGUUUUGCACGAUUCAGCCCUUUAAACAUACUGUAAACUGUUAAUGUCACAGUGCCAUUUUCCAAUACAUUUUAUUUUACAUAGAUUUUCUUCAUUCCAGAAAGCCAUGAGUAACAGUAAUCUACUGCAGUGAAGAUGGAGUCAGUUGGAUUUAAAGUCGCCAAAACAAAACAUAUGGCCACAAUAUAUGGCCAUUUAGGCUAAGCAGUUAGCUUCCAUUGUUAGCUUGUUUGUAAUGAGGAACUGCGAGCCCAACAAACUGUAUGGCUGUGUAAAACAAAUGGGCCGUGGAUAAAGAAGGGACCAAGAGUUGUGGGGCCUUAAUGGCAACUUGUGUGCAGCAAAAACAAGCUGUAAAAAUUAAAAGGUGAUGGUUUAUUUUAGCAAGGUUACUAUUCACAUCCAGGAGACUUGGAGCAACAUUGGCAUCUUUGGGAGUUGUGUUUGUGCUUAACAUUUACUUACAGAUAGAUUUAGUUGGUGUCCUAACUAGUUCCAUAUGGCUGUUUGAAACCCACCAGCUGUGGAUAUAGAUGGCACUGGGAUUUGAAGAUGUCACAUUUCUUCAAAUGGUAUUAUGGUUGUUCAACCGAUAAACAGCUUGUACAGCUUCCCUUUUACACUGUUGCCUUUUUUCUUUUGCACUUAUUGCAACUAGCAUUGCAGGAAAAUAAAUAAAUAAAUACAUUCUUAUAAAUAUGUUGGGUUUUUUUAAUUACAAAAUUAGAGACUUUGGAGAAUCACUAACAAUAUCAAGUAUAUCUGAAUUUAAUCAAUAAGCCAAAUCAUGCAAAACCACCAGUAUGUUCCUUUAGAAUGAUCCACAGUGAAACCUGAAACCUAGAAUGUGAAGCGUGUUGCAAGCUCAAUCUGAAAAGCAAGUACAGCCAUCAAAUGCGCUUUAUUGUUGCCUAUAUUUGUUUAUGCCUCCAACUAUUAUAUGUGGACAAAAUGCCACUUGCCCACAAAUACUUUGAUUCCAUUGUAAUUCUGCACAAGGAUGCAGGCCAGUUAAGACAAGCAAUGAAGUAUGUUUAUUUCUGUGUAAAUACAGUAUUUAAAUAUUGUACAGAUUUUUAGCGUUGUUUCUGCAGCUUUAGAACCAAGAGUGUGUGUGUGUGUGUGUGUGUGUGUGUGUGUGUGUGUGUGUGUGUGAGAGAGAGAGUGAGAGUGAGUGUGUGAUUUGGUUUGUGUACUUGUGCUUUCACAUGGACAUCUCAACAUUUUUUUCUCACCAGCCAUAGCAUGAGAGGCCAAGGCAGGUUGGAUUGCUCCGUUCAUUCAAAGGGAGAGAUUGGAUGUGUCGCCUGAUAAACUUUUUUUUCGCAAUCACAAAAGAAACUUGAAUACCUCCGUCCUUAAACAGUAGCAGAAUCUAAAUGUGUCCGGUCCCCCUUUCCACCCCACCUGCAGUACUGUAGGGUAGUAGGAAUUUCAUAAUGAGUUAUUACAUUCUUCAUGUAUUACAAUAAUUCCACCUUGAGCCAUUUAAUUUAAAUUUCUUUGUUGAAGACUAAGGCAUAGUCUGCAAUAAUCAAGUAAAAAGCCACAUUUUCAGGUGAUUAUGAAAGAUUUACAUUUUAAAGUCUUAAGUAAAAGAGUGCCUAGUAUGAAGUAAAUGUGAUGUAACAUUCAUUCACCCUAUCAGAGCAUACACUGCAUUCCUUCGCCCUCCUAAUAUUAUUCUUUAUAUAUGUGUGACUUCAGAUGUAAUCCCUGAGCAUCAGAGACCUAAUAUCAUAGCUUCCUCCAUUUUGGUCAUCACUUUCAAAUCAACAAUAACUCUUUUGUUGGCCUUUGUUUUCUGAAUGCAGUGCAAUCAUUUGUACUUUCAGGGACCGCCUCGGCUGACAGUCUCUCCCUAAAGUCCUCCCUGGUGUGACCAAAGUAACGUUACUAAUUGCUGCGUAAAGUAGGCAUGACUGUCAGGAAAGUUACACAAAAUGCUUUUGUACUAUACGAAGAGCAGACCUUCAGAGUUCAAGAUGAACUUGACACGAGAGUGCUCCCAAAUGCCUCCAUGAGUGAAUGAUUGCACUGAUUUCAUUGAAAUUGAAAGAUUUUGGUCUGAAAAUAUAAUUUCUGGUAUGACAGGGCCCUUACACCUGCUACAGCGCGUUAGCUUGCCUAGUUGUAUUUAAUCCGUACAGAAUGCUGCAUGUCCUUCCUGCUGUGGCAGUUACAGUCGGAUACUUCCAGUUCGAUGCGUAUACCUGACCAUGAGUGUCACCAGAUCUUAACACAAUGCAAGGAGGCAGAUGCUGUUUACAAGACAAGGCGUGGAGCUAGACACAAAACAUCCAGUAAAGAGGCAACAUCUCACCGUGAUAAAUACUGGAAGAAGAAUAAACCUGUAGAUGCUUUUUCUUGUUUGGCUAUUGACUAGCAGCCCCCACAGUUCUAUUGGUACUUCUGUGCUAUAGUGUUUCCAGGAUCUUGGUAUUGAAAUAAUACAAUCUAAUAGACGGUUUUUAAAGCCGUUUUCUUAGAUUCUUUAUUUGAACUAUGAAUCAAGGCUUGUCUCGCUUUUCAGUGUCAAUGUACAAAGUCACACAAGAUGCAGUCUCCGGCCCUGUUUCUGCAUGCAUGUGUCGCAUGUGUCUCAUAGGAAUGUCUAAACAACAAGCAACAAAUAAGUUGAUUGCUAUUACUAAUACACAACAUCAAGGUUUACCACUGAUGAUCAUGAUCAUGGUAGUUUUUUCUGAAAUAUGCGCGUAUCACAGCUGAGUGCAGAGUGGCAGUGCUGUGUAUAAUACCCUGCUGCUUUGUGAGCUGAUGUAGUUGAUGCUAAUGCUCUGAGCAGCACUUCACAUACUUUACUGAUAACUAACCUAAUAACCUUUUAUUCCUUCUAGACAUAUCUGUACUCACAAAGGAUAGAUAUCAAGUUGAAGGAUUUAUUAACACCUUGAUUCUAUUGUUUCUUUGGUUAGAUCAUUACAAUGUAUUGUGUGCAACCUUGAGUAUUAUGUGGUGCACAGGAUACUGUUAUGUAGCAGCUUCAUACUUAAAACUAUGAUACAAUGAUAUGAAGACAUGUUUAGCUGACAUUAGCAUUCUAUUCUCUGUGUCAGGCAGCAUUUGACAUUUCGGCUGAGAUGUCACAUUUUUCAGUCAGUCUGAAAUCGAGUGGUUCAGUGGAUGGGGUUUGAGGUAGCAGUCUAGCCAGCUUGCUUCAUGAACAAGUAUCUGCUAAACACUAUCUAAAAUAUACAAUCAUUAAGAAAAUUAUUGAGCUUAUAGUUAGGAUCAUCUCAGCCACUCUGAAACGCAAAACAAUGUACACUUUGUUCGUUUAGUUCUUUAUUUAAUUUUUUAUCUUGAGUUACUAAAAUGUCUUGUUCUCUUGCAAUUUCCACACAGUAAUGAGUGUAUUCUGAUCAAUGCCAUGUAGUCACUGUCGGACUGUCACCAAUAAAAUGUAUGUGUAUUUCAAAAAACA